CAACCUGAGAGCUCUUUAGAUAAUUUUAGUAGUACUAGUGACCUUCAUUGGGAUCCCCACAAAGAAUUUAUGCAGUUUCUGUGGGAGAACCAUAGUGAUUCCCCUGGUGAGGAGCCAAAGGAAGAAGUCCCUCCUACCAAAAGCCAAAGGAGAAGGAAACGGAAAAUGGACAUGGUUGUGAUGGUGGAUCCCUCAGAAGACCAUUAUUCUAAUUUGAGCCACAAGUCAUCUGAGGAAUUGUCUGAUGCCGAAGGCCCAGUAGAUUCUAUUCCUGUCAGAAAAAUCCGCAAGUCAAGGAAGUUCUCCAAGUCACAGGCAUCUCCAACAGAGAAAGCUUCUAAGUAUCCCAAUGGAACUGUAAAGGCCAUCAAGGAAAUUCUUUACAAUGCACCUGCAAGAAAUUCACAUGAGAACAGUAUAAGUCAUGGGCUUUCACCACUGAAGAGAAGGCUUACAAUAAAUUCUCAUUUAGAUGAUAAGAUAGCUUACCCUUGCUCAAAAUGUAAGCUCAUUUUCAAGAAAGAACAUCAUUUGCAUCGCCAUAUGAAGUCUCAUGUUGACCCUCCAAAUAUUUCGCCAAAUCCUUUUAUAUGCCGUGAAUGUGGACAGUCUUUCAGACAAAGUAGUUCACUUAUUCAGCACAUGUCCAUCCAUCAGGGGGAGAGAGUAAGACUCACUGAAGAGAACAAAGGUGUGAAUAAUAAGAAGAAAGAGGAUAAAAACAGGAAGCUUUUCUGCCCUCAGUGCCCAUUUGGAACAAACUGCCCAAACACGUUUGUUCAACACGCGAAAACACAUGAGAAGGACAAGAGAAAGUUUAAAUGUGACAAAUGUAGCUUCAGGACUAUAAGCGAGAAUGAUCUUAGGAGACAUAACAUAAUGCAACACACUGUUAUUACAGUUAGAAAGCAGAUCCAGAAAGAUGAGACUGAAGCCUUCCCCUGUAACAUUUGUUCUUAUAGAGCUUUUAGCAAAAAUGUUUUUAAGAAUCAUCUUUUGCGCCGCCAUCAACAAACCAUUGAGGAAUAUGAAGCUGCACAGCAUAAUGAGAAAGAUGCACAGCCAUCUAAGGAGCAGCAUGUGUCUGCUUGUAAAAGUCCUGUAGAAGAUGCAGAGUUUACAUCUAAAAUUUCAAUAAAAAAUCAGAUCUCUUCUAGAAGCACUUGUUCACCUAGUGAGUCCAGUGACAUUUCAGCCUUAUUUAAAAAUAACAAGAUUAAGAAAGGUUUGAAGUCUCAACUAACGGAAUCAAAGCUUGAUAAGUCUAUUAAUGUUCUCCUGUCCCGACAAAGACAUAGAAAGAAGACUGCUGAACAGAAGAAGGAAAGUAGUAAUUGCAGCACAUUUGUUCAGGAUUCAAAAAAUGACGAAGAUGGCUCUGAUCAGUUACCAGGAACGUUGACUGUCAAAGUUGACAAUUCAGCUUUAUCACCAAAUUAUCAUAGGGUGCCCUCCAUUGCAGCUGAAGGAGAUCUCAACAGCAUCAGCAUCUCCAAAUUGAAUGUAGAUCAGUCAGUAGUAAAAAAGUCACCAUCCAAACGGAAGAUGUCCACCCCAUAUCGCAACACCUCUGACCAAGACUCAUGCUUCAUCUUAUCAAAACACCUGCCGAGUCCCAAGAAAAUAAACCAAGAAGAAGUGGCAGAUGAUGAUGAUGAAAAAGACAUUUUCCAGUUUAAGGAUACAGAUCCCAACACUAAGACUUUUGAUAAUGGUGUCAAGAAAGAAAAACAAAACGUUAUUUACACCUAUAGCAGAAGAAUGUCCAUGAGGGGUGCUCUGCACGCAUCUAAAAGGAUGUUUGAGAAAAUAAAGACUGAGGAGCAAGAACAACAUGAUCCUGAAAUCAAAGAAGAAUGCAUAGAAACAGAGGUGUUUCAAGAAAAUUUUGAAUCCCACCAAAUGCCAUCCAGAGAAUCCUUCACAGAUGAUUUGUCGGAGCUGGAGUCAGACCGCAAGAACUGUCCGUACUGUCCUGCAGCCUUUGAGUCAGGUGUUGGAUUGUCCAAUCAUGUUCGAGGGCAUCUUCAUAGAGUUGGACUGAGCUACAAUGCACGUCAUGUAGUGCCUCCUGAGCAAGUGGCUUCUCAAGACAGGAGGCCACGAAUUCGACGGAAGAUUUCAGCAUUGCGGAGGUUGAAAAAAGCAUUACAGCUGGAGUCAGAUUCUGAGUCGGCGAAGAGUAUUCACUCUUGUCCUUUAUGCGGGGACUCAUUUGAUAACAGGACAGGGCAGUCCAAUCACAUACGAGGGCACCUCAAAAAGCUUGGUAAAAGAUUUGUAACAAAGAACAAAUCGCCGUUAUUAUUACUCCGGGAGUUGAUGCGUGACAAGAAGGAAUUCCAGCGGGCACUUCAAAUUCUGGGAAAGAGACGGAACCAUUUCCAGUAUGGUGCUUCACCAAAGCUGUCCAGUGUUCAUCGUUUCACAUUAUCCCACAUUGGAAUCCCAACAAGUAAUUCUAUUCCAAGAGUUUGCACUGAUGCCAAACCACUUAUGUCCACCUUUUCUUUAGCAGAAAUGGAAUCUGAACAAAAGCAACUAGAGACUAAGUUGGAUGUUAAAAAUUCACUCUCAGGCACAACUGCCUUGAUAGGAAUUCUGAAGAAGAGAAAGUGUCAGGAAGAUGCCAGACUAAAGGGGUCCUCUCAGAUUUCAAGAAACACAUUAGUUUCUUCCAACAAUGAGCACAAUUCAGGAUCAAGACUUGCAUCUUCACUGCCAAACUCGCUAUCUGAGAGAGGUGAAUUCAACAGGAAGGUGUGCAUCCAUUGCAAUGCAACUUUCCACAGUGGAGUUAGUUUAUCUAAUCACCUCCGAGCAUAUGCAAAACGAAAGAGGACUGCCUUACUUGAAGGAACCACAUUUGACUGCAAAGCCAGGAGGCAGCGGUCAAGGCCUGGAUCAAAGAAGAAAACACUGCCCUUACCGCAAACUCCAGAGGAAAUGUACAGACUCACCUGCAGGUUCUGUGACCUCGUCUUCCAGGGUCCCUUGUCGGUCCAGGAGGACUGGAUUAAGCAUUUACAGAGACACAUUAUGAACACUAGUGUCCCUUACACUGGGCUAGGCAUGGUAGAGGUCACCUCGCUGCCCACAGACCCCCCAACUCUCAAGACAGACGAAGACAGCUCUUUGACAGCCACAUAUGCUGCUUCAUGAAGUCAAUGGGGACUUAGAUUUCACUAGACUGUAUGUGUAUGUACUAUGGAUGUUCUUUUUUUUCAUUUUUAGUUAAUGAAAUACUGGCCAAAAGUACAAUAUCACUCAGUGAUGGAGAUAUUGUACAUGUUUUGACAUGUGGACAGAUGAAAAAGUUAAUUAUUUUGGAUAUUGUUACCUUUUUCUGUUUUUACAUGGUCUGUUUUGGGGAUAUAAUUCCAAAUGGACAGUUUCCUUGUUUUAUGCAGUGAUAUAAUGUGGAAUCCAUUUCUAAUGAAGACAACCUUUACCUCAGAUUUCUCAUGGCUUGAGUCCAUUAUGUCCAAAUUUGGGAGCGCCUUUCUUCAGAAUCAAUAUUCACAUUUAUAAGAUACAUAGAAUCAUGUUUCUUUUGUAUUGCAAUGUAUUCAAAUCAAAGCUCACAGUGUCCGUUUUCAGGCCAGAGUUACUGAGAUGAAUAUUUUGGCUUGACGGUGAUGGCACCUGAAUGCUCCAGACAAGUUUCUCAAGUGGAAAAAUUGACAACUAUAAAAGAGCAAACAUCUGCAAAAAUGUGCAAACUUGUUAUGCAUAGAAGUUUUAUAGUAUCUGUAAUUGCAUUGUUUCUAAUACAAAAUUAAAAUUUAAAGGGGUAAAAAAAAAAAAAAAAGCUUGUGCUGACGAUGCCCUUCAUUCAUGUCACCUAUAUUUAAUGUUUAAAUAUACUGUUUUGAAAUAAUUUAAUUUUAAAUGUACUCUAUCACACAGAUCCAAGGCUUAAAACAUUUGUGUUGUUCUAAAUAAAGACGAAGAAAAUUGA